AUGCUCCUCGCCGGGGUCGGGAUCACUUUCUUUUCGGGCCUCCUCGACGACGUCUCCGAGCGCUUUCAGGAUAAUUUGGACUCGACUAAGGUGGGCGGGAUGCAGCGCGGGGGGCUCCAGUCGAUCCUCAGCAGCACCGAAAUGAAGCCGGUGAAUUUGGAGAAUCUGGAGACAACCUUCGAGGACAUCCGAGGCUGCGAUGAGGCGAAGAGGGAGCUGCAGGAGAUCGUUGAGUUUUUGAAGGAUCCGGGGAAAUUCCACGACCUCGGCAGCCGUCUGCCGAAAGGGGUCCUGUUGGUGGGGCCCCCGCCUGCGGAAGACGCUGCUCGCGAAGGCCAUCGCAAAGGAGGCUGGGGUGAGUUUCUUCUACGCCACCGGGAGCGAAUUCGAUGA